AUGGCUUGCAAUAUCAAGCCUUUGCACAAAAGCAAGCAUUUCCCGAUAGACCAACUAGUAUGCGUUGGAAACUACGAAUUGGAAAAGACAAUAGGGACAGGAAAUUUCGCUGUAGUUAAACUUGCUACACAUGUUAUUACUAAGAGUAAGGUGGCAAUAAAAAUAAUAGACAAAUCAAGGUUAGAUGAAGAUAAUCUAAAGAAGACGUUCAGAGAAAUAGCAAUUAUGAAACGAUUAAGGCACCCACACAUAGUCAAACUAUAUCAGGUCAUGGAGAGCACUCACACGCUAUAUUUGGUGACAGAGUACGCGCCAAAUGGCGAGAUAUUUGAUCACCUCGUAUCUCGUGGCCGCAUGCCCGAGUCGGAAGCGGCGCGAGCGUUUGCCCAAAUGGUCGCUGCAGUCGGGUACUGUCACGCAAACGGAGUGGUCCAUAGGGAUCUGAAAGCAGAGAACCUUUUGUUAGAUAAGGAUAUGAAUAUUAAGUUAGCAGACUUCGGGUUCAGCAAUGAAUACACAACAGGAUCACCUCUAUCGACGUGGUGUGGGAGCCCUCCGUAUGCUGCACCUGAAUUGUUUGAAGGCAGACAAUAUGAUGGGCCUAAAGCUGAUAUUUGGUCUCUCGGUGUUGUAUUGUAUGUGUUAGUCUGUGGAGCGCUUCCGUUCGAUGGCGGCACACUCAGCGAACUGCGUAGUGUUGUAGUGAGCGGCAAGUUUAGAAUUCCCUAUUUCAUGUCACAAGAUUGUGAGCAUCUAAUACGUCAUAUGCUUGUGGUUGAACCAGACAGACGACUAACACUACGAAGCGUCGCCAGGCACCGCUGGUUGCGGCAAAAUGGGCCUUCACAACCUACAUCUCAUUCCUAUGAAUUGUCAGAGGGGCAAUGCGGUUGUCAUUUAGGGGUUAAUGAGGGGGUAUCGAGCGGCGCAAGUGGGGCGUUAGCACAGAUGUUGUCUUUACCUGGACUAACGCACGAGAUUAUCCAACAGUCAGUGGAAGAGGAACGGUUCGAUCACAUAUCGGCCAUAUACCAUUUGCUUGUGGACAAACUAACACAGAAGGAAGAAACCGCACAAAUUGAUUCGUUAGACUCGAACACGGGUCUACCCCUGGAUCUCACUAGUUGUAAGACUGAAAGUAGCGGCGUAGAAAGUAUGGACGCAGAAGAAACCCUCGCCUACCUCACUGGGGAUGGAGAGGAUCAUGCUUUGGAAAGGUUUGGUGAGGUAUCUGUAACGACAGAGGAACCUCGUCAACGCGUCACCGACUGUCACGCUACAAGGCGGCACACUGUUGGCCCAGGAGACUGCAGACAUACGCAGCAUCCUCAGCCCAGCGAACAAUCGUCGUUUGGAGCUGCUUCAGCGGAUCUAAGACCCGCUCCCCUCUGCGCAUCGACACAUCUCCAUCAACAAGCUGCAGCGCGUGUGUCCCUGUUGCCGCAUACAGACUUGGCUGGUAAGCUGCCUGCGGUACAGCAUCGACCACCACAUCACUUUAGCGUGAAAGACCAACAGCUGUUAAAACCACCGCAAGCUAUGUUGAAUGCAGCGUCAUCCUUCGGUCGUCGAGCUUCUGAUGGCGGCGCACAUGUGGGUCGCGCACAUUCACAGAGCGCUGCGCAUACGCACGCACAUCAUGUAUCAGAUAGUGGUAGCACGAAUCGUGGAGAGGAAAGCGACCGGUCAGACGAUCAAGGCUCAGAUUCGCAAUACAACAGCACUUUGAGCAGGUACAUGUUGAAUAGAGGCAGCAACAAACGGCAUACGAUGGCAACACCGGAGGAUGCAGCCACUGUAUGUGCUUCUACUAACAUGCAGGCCAGUUCAUCCCCUUCUUCGUCAGCGAACAUUCGCGUGAGGCGUACUGGUCUACUCACAGUCACAGAAAGACCCCCAGUUAUAAGUCCGGAAUUAGUUAUGGAGGUCGAGGCAAGAAUGAAACGGAAUUAUCUGCCGCCGUCUAUUCAGGGGCAAUAUGGUCAAGGGUAUUCAAGCCCCCCGCACUCAGGGCAAAGCCCCCCCACACCAGGGUCUAUCACGGCUGGUACCCCAAACUUCCACAAAUAUAUGCCCCCAAUACAAUCAUACAAUGCUGGGUACUCAAGCCCACCGCACUCAAGUCAGAGCCCACCAUCCCAAGGAUCUAUUACGGCUGGCACGCCAAACUUUAGUAAAUCUAUAAAACCAGUUCUAGAAACCAUACCCCAGGGUAGCAUUAUGGGAUCUAUAACUUCUGGCACGCCUAUUACCCAAGCGGUAUCCCCCUUUACACCAACGCUCUCCCAGUAUUCCCCUAAUCAAGGUACUGUGGUUGCCCCCAUUCAAAAUCCAGGAUCUAUAGUUUCUGGGACUCCUAUGAACGUGGAAUAUAACUCCUUUUCCAAUUUCAACUAUCCUAAUAUGGGCUCGACUAGUUCUGGAGCACCAAACUUUCCACCUGCUUCUAGUUUCAGCAUGGGAUCCAUAACUAGUGGAACCCCUAGCUAUUCAAAUACUGGCAACAAUUUUAGUAGUAACCUAAGUUCCAUAAGUGGGCCUACCAGUUUUCCGAGCAGUAUGGGCUGUAUAACCACCGGUACCCCGAAUUUCCCCAGCAUGGGUUCGAUCACCAGUGGUACUCCUAAUGUAAAUAGUAACAUGGGUUCGAUAACAAACGGCACCCCAGUUAAUAACAUACUGUCGAGUGGAAAUGCGAUACCGAGCGGAUCGAUCACAGCUGGCACUGCAUACAACAGGCAAAGGAAAUACUCUGGCCCGCAGCGUGUCAAGCUGCAAAUGUUGGCGACUGUACAGGAAAUGGCUCGCGAACACGCGGAACGGUAUUCGCCCGUUCGCCGAGCAGAAUGUUCGCCGCCGAGGCAAACCCACGACAUAGCAUCUGCAAGACUAGAAUAUCAACAGUUACAGCGUGGCUUGGAGCGUCGUUCAGGACAGAGUGGAGCUUCGCCCUCUGAGCCUAGACUGCAUCCAGCCUCGUUACCAGGUUCCCCAAUACACACGGGUGCUUCGCCCCCGCUCGACUUAUCAGGGGAUCAUCAGAGAGAUAGGGACCUAGCGUUGAAAUUGGGCUUGAACCUUAACAAUCUAUAUUCCCCCCACAUGUCUCAAGACGUCCUAAAGUCCAUACAUUCAUUCACGAACUUUGGUCGAGCUUCCCCAGCUAGUCCAGGAUCACCGCUCCAUCAAAUCACAGAAGGAUUAAGCUAUCUCCACACCGGUUCGAUAACACGGGGUACCCCCCAAAACCAAACUCCUCUAGACCUGCGCAGCAAUGUCGAAAUGGAGACAAACUACCCUCAAUUACUAGUCCAUCCUCAAAUACACAUGGUUGCCCAUAGAUCUUUAAAUAACUCCCCGAUUUCAAAUCCUGGAUCUCCCUUAGACAUGAUACAGGAAGAAAUUGGCAAUGGAAACCACAACGGUGACCAGCUUCCACGGUACUCCGCGUAUCCGCCCACCCACCCCCAAAUCAGCUUGACGGACUGUCUAGGUUCUGAAAUUACCCUCGUCGCAUCGUCAUCAGAAGACAGCGUGGAUAGUUUAGAAAACGCAAAAUAUCCCUUACCCCAAUUUGUCAUAUCCGAACCUUCUGAUUUGGACGACAGACCGUCUAUAACGAAAGGCAUCGGUAGAAAGGUCAGCCAAGAAACGGAAGCAGUAGAUAAAGACUCCGAAAUGACGUCACCUAAAGAAGACGACAAAUUCUUAGAAAGACCUAGAAGGGGUAGCGAUAAAUCUUUAGGAUUCAGCGAUGAUUCGUUAAGUAACGACUCCGCUAAUGCCUCUCCUAAUUGCGAACAAAAUAUCCAAUCCAUAUAUUCAAAUAUUGUUUCAAUAAGUUCAGGUUUUAGUGAAAAUCGAGGUAGCUUCUCCGAGCAUAGAGAAUCGUUUUCAUUCUCCGACCGAGGUAGCUUUUCAGAGCGAGGGGAUUUCGGAAGAUCCUCGUUUUCAGAGAAAUCAGACUUCGGCCGCGGAAGCUUCUCCGAAAAGGGUGAGACCCCAAGAUCAUCGUUCUCCGCUCAAGGCGUGCUAGAUGAAGUCAAAGAAUAUUAUGAAGACGUGUGUAUGCCGAAAGAGGAAGAAAUAGAGAAAAUACAACGAUCCACGAUGGAUUUACGUUUGACGGAAAUUUGUAGGCCAGAAGAGAAGAUACCGAUCCUACUCAGCCCCCAGCAAGUAUCGUGCGUACAAGAGUAUUACGAAGUAGCGUUAUCUACCGUUUGUUCGCAGUUAGACUCGCAAAGAAUAGUAGAGCUACUUAAAGAGGCAAUCAAUAAAUCGGUGCCACCACAAAACAUAUUCGUCGAAAACGCGGAUGAUGAAUUAACCGGUUUUUUGAACUUGGAGUAUUCGGGAGGGAUUCAAAUAGAGUUAAUGGUGUGUGAGAAAGCGAAGGAGAUGAAAGGUUUGAAAAUGAGGAGGAUCUCAGGAGAUCAGAGAGAGUACGGGAAACUAUGUCAACAGUUGAUUACUAGCUUGACUGUAUAA